AUGGCGAUGACCAUCAACUGGCUUCUGCAUGAGCCCUCUCCUGUCCAAUGUCGCCAGUUUGCCUUCGUCGCGAGCCCAUUCGCGGUCACUGGGAUUUUCACAUCGCAAGUGAUCCUCAUGAUCCGCACGUAUGCAAUAUGGGACCGACACAGAGCGGUAUUCUGGUGUUUUAUUGUGACUGGAGUCUUCUGUUUUAUAACGGAAGUAGUUUCUCUUGUUAUACAGUUCAAGAGGAUGCAAUUCAUCGAAACGUCGUCCAACUCCACUGGCUGCUUCAACGUCCCUUCAAACCAGGCCAAGGCGUUCUAUAUCCCUGUACUCAUUUCAGAGACAAUCAUUGCUUCACUCACACUCUUCAAGGGCAUACAACACCUCCGCCAUUCUUCUCAUCCUUUUCUCAUCGAGUUUUAUGUCUCUGGGAUGAUCUUCUAUGUGUGCCUCUUCCUCAUCACCCUUACAAAUAUCCUUAUCCCCAUGUGGGCCGACAGCAUCACGCCCUUCCUUGGUUAUUUUCAGCGCAUCCUCCAUUCCAUCCUGAGCAGCCGCAUCAUGCUCAUCAUUCUCAAGCAAAGACGAAUACAUCGACGCUAUCUUGAUGAAGAGCCGUACACAGGUGGUGUUGAAUUGUCUCAUACCACGCUGUAA